UCUUAACGAGAUAAAAUUUCGUAUGGUUUAUUCUAUCUUUUUUGUUUUGAACUGAAAUGAGAUACACCAGUAUUUUUCACCAAGAACCGAACAGAAUUGAAAAUCAUGGGUUGAAGUGGAGCUGCGUGGGCUUGACUGCUGGAUAGACUAUACGUGCGAUUGGUAUGUUUCUUUAUUCUGAUCCUCUCUAUUCUUUAUAGUUUUGACAACAAAAUUGGCCGCAACAAUCUCAAUUCUCACACCACACAACAUGAAAUCUCACAAGCUGCUCAACUAUCAACUCCUCAAACACGACCACCUCAAAACCGGCAACACCAUUUCCCACAACACCAAAAAACAUCACUACCAUGUGGUAUUUUUCUCAACAACGCCAAAUCCAAACACUAAGAAACCACAAAAUCAAACUCUGUCUCCAAGCAUCCCCACAGAGCUAACCCAGCAAAUGAUAUUUGAUUCGAUACAUUCUUCUCAGUGGCAUUUGAUCAAACACCUUGCACACAAAAUAACUCCGCUAAUUUCAACUGUUCUCACUAGUCUUCAUAAAACCCCUGAUUUAGCCUUCCAGUUUGUUACCCAUAUUGGAUUCGGUGAUCUUGAUAUCAAAGGCAAGUGUCUUGCUAUGGCGGUAAUCUCGAACGCACCAAACUCAAAACCCACGUUGCAACUCUUGAAAGAAACUAUUAACAGUGGGGUUUAUAGUAUCAGGGAGGUUUUCAAUGAGUUGGGAGUUGCAAGGGGCGUGUUGGGAAUUAGAACUUACGUGCUUUAUGAUUUGUUGAUAAGGGCUUGUUGUGAAUUGAAGAGGGGUGAUGAUGCAUUUGAGUGUUUCGAUAUGAUGAAGGGAAAGGGUGUAAUUCCUCACAUUCACGCUUGUAAUGAUAUGUUGAGUUUGUUUUUAAAGUCAAAUAGGACGGAGAAGGCGUGGGUUCUGUAUGCUGAGAUGUUUAGGAUGAGGAUUAAAUCGAGUGUUGUUACGUUUAAUAUAAUGAUUAAUGUGUUAUGCAAGGAUGGGAAGUUGAAGAAGGCAAAGGAGUUUAUUGGGUUUAUGGAGGCCUUGGGGAUUAAACCUAAUGUUGUUACAUAUAAUACGAUAAUUCAUGGAUAUUGUUCAAGAGGAAGAGUUGAAGGUGCUCGUAUGAUUUUUGAUUUAAUGAAAUGUAGAGGGGUUAAACCAGAUUCGUACACGUAUGGUUCAUUUAUUAGUGGAAUGUGCAAGGAAGGAAAACUUGAGGAAGCAUCUGGGAUGCUUGAAAACAUGAAAGAAAUUGGGUUGCGUCCAACUGCUGUGAUUUAUAAUACUUUGAUUGAUGGGUAUUGCAAUAAAGGGAAUUUGGAGAUGGCUUUUGGCUGUAGGGAUAAGAUGGUGAGGGAGGGUUUAAUGCCAACCGUUUCAACUUAUAACAUGUUGAUUCAUGCAUUGUUUUUGGAUUGUAAGAUGGAUGAAGCUGAUGGUAUUAUAAAAGAGAUGAGCGAGAAGGGGUUGGUUCCUGAUUCUGUAACUUAUAACAUACUGAUAAAUGGAUAUUGCAGAUGUGGGAAUGCAAAGAAAGCAUUUACCCUCCAUGAUGAAAUGAUAAGCAAAGGGAUUCAGCCUACCCGUGUAACAUAUACUUCGCUGAUUUAUGUUUUGAGUAAACGGGGUAGAAUGAAACAGGCUGAUGAAUUGUUUGAAAAGAUAGUCAGGAAAGGCAUUUUCCCAGAUGUCAUAAUGUUCAAUGCUUUGAUUGAUGGUCACUGUGCAAAUGGGAAUAUGGACCGUGCAUUUGCAUUGCUGAAGGAGAUGGAUCAAAUGAAAGUUGUUCCUGACGAAGUAACUUUCAAUACCCUAAUGCAAGGACGUUGCAGGGAGGGAAAAGUUGAAGCAGCUCGUGAGCUUAUUGAAGAGAUGAAGAGCAGGGGGAUUAAACCUGACCAUAUCAGUUAUAAUACUUUAAUAAGUGGGUAUAGUAAGAGAGGUGAUAUGAAGGAUGCCUUCAGAGUUCGAGAUGAAAUGUUGAGUAUAGGAUUCAACCCUACACUUCUCACUUACAAUGCCCUGAUACAAGGUUUAUGCAAAAAUGAGGAAGGAGAUCAUGCUGAACAGCUCCUUAAAGAAAUGAUUAGUAAAGGCAUUACUCCUAAUGAUAGCACUUACUUAUCUUUGAUCGAGGGGAUAGGGAAUGUUCAGGAAUUUUUGGGAAUCGGCAAUCCAUAGUUAGUUACUUAAUUCCUUUGACAGCAGCAUUUAAAUCUUUGCCAGUUAUAACAGAACCGUGUUGCAGAAAAGCUGAACUGGGGUCUCAUAAAGAAUGAACUACUUCAGCUUGGAGGUUGCCCAGUUAUAAAUGUAUGAGUAGAAUUUCAGUGCAUAUGUAGGAACCUAUGCUGUUGUCUGACUUUGAAUUUAAAAGCAGUUGGAAUUGCAAGUGAUGUUGAGCCUGCAUUGAACAGAGAACAGUUAUUUGGCAUGAAAUAUGUGAAACAAGCAUAUUUUCUGGUUCUAAAUACACCCAAGGGAUGCAAUUUGGCUUUCCUUCAUCGGUCUCCUUUUCCAGUUACAAUAUCAUAGCAUUAUAUAAGAGAGGCAUACUGAUUGCCUAAAAGCUGUGCAGUCAUUGCCAAUCCAAAGCUCCAUGCUGACUGCCCUUAAGUAAGCUGUGCAAUCAUAGUCAAUACAAAGUUCCUUUUCAACUAUUUUUUUACAAAAUAUUUCAAAUUAUGAUGUCAUGUGUCAAUUGAAAGGUGUUUCCAUUUGUAUUAUCUUUCUCAUUUCCACUUCUGGUAUGGAUCGGGUUCUGAUAUGUCAAAGCAUUCAUGCAAUAGUAUUACAUACUGAAUCUAUCUCAGUUCAACUUUCCGUAAUUUAGCUUCUGAAUUUUUCUUUUCAUGAAAUGUGUUGGUU